CAAACAAUCACCCAACAUCAUUGGCUGACGGAUGCUCCGUACCGUGAGCUGCAUCCGCUUGUCACGAACGCGGGCACUCCUCCAGAGGCCAUGCCGCUGCCUGAGCACCGGCACGUUGUUUGCAGUGGCCACGCCCAUUGGGAAUUUGCAAGAUGCCUCGGCACGAGUCAUCUCCACGCUUCAACGUGUGGAGGUCGUGGCAGCCGAGAGCUCGGAGGUCCUGGAGGCACUCAAGAACAGUAAUGACGAGGUCAUGAAUCCCUUCCAAAAGGUGCAGUCCUUCUAUGCCCACAACGAGGAGGAGCGAAUGCCUGAGCUCUUGGCACACCUCCGCGAGGGACACGAUGUCGCCAUUACGACUCGAGCCGGUACCGUGGGCAUUUGCGAUGUGGGUGCCAGGCUCAUCAAAGCUGCUCAUGCCGAAGGCAUCUCAGUCUCCAGCAUCCCCGGGCCCUGCAGCAUCACCGCAGCGCUGGCGGCGAGCGGCUUCUCAGGAAGCCAAUUCUUCUUCGACGGGUACCUGCCAGCCAUGAGAAAGGCCCGGCUGGAGCUCUUGCGCUCUCGCCUGGGGUGGCUGAAGGACGGCGGCCUAGAUGAGUUCAUUUUGGUGAACUUCUGCAAUGGCGACAUGCUAGAAGAGGUCUUGGUGGAUUUUGACCAAGUGUUGGGGGCGGAGGCACAGAUCUGUGUGGCCAAAGACAUUUCAAUGCCCUACGAGAACGUGCUCCGCGGCGCCAUCGGCGCCGUCCGCCGCACCUGGGCGACGCUGGAGGCCCAGCGUGGCGCUGUGGUGCUCCUGGCCGAGCUGCGCUCAAAGAGGCGCGGAACGGCCAGUUCUGCCAGCAGUUCAUCAGCGUCCUCAGGCUCCAAAGAGUUGAAGGAGCUGGCCCAGGUCUUCCAGAAGCACCACGUCCCAGUGCAAAAAGCCUCCCUGAUUGCUGCGCAGCUCACUGGGCGGCCGGUAGAAGAAGCGCUGGAGGCGAUGAAAGCCGCUCUUGGAGAAGGCUCGAUCAACAAGGCCGAUGCGCAGGAGGGUGGCGCACGCUUGACCCUGCAUUUGGUGAAUUUGGGGCGCCACAUCACUGAGGAGGAGCUGCAGAUGGCACUGCAGCAGGCCGACGUCCCCAGCGGACAGGUGAGCUUCGCACGGAGCCACAUGGGCGGGCAGAUCGCCUUCAUACGCUACGCCACUCCAGAGGUUGCGCGGCAAGCACGUACCACCAUCAACUUGGCACAGAUCAGGUUGGGUGGUAGCCGCCCGCUGCUCGCGGGUUGGGCCCGGCGCGAGCGAUGGUUGAGCUGACCGAGG